AUGCCUCCCAAACGAAAUGCGCAAUCCGUCUCUACGGAGAUCUCCCUAACUCACCUCAAGAGCUGCCUGGUCAACCUCCCCACGUCGCUGGUCUCGCUACUCGUUAAUGUCAACACGCCUGCGCAAAAUGUCAUCGUCGAACUCAGCUUUCGAGAAGCCUCAUCGACAGGAUCGGGCUCACAGCAGCGCUCCGUAUUUGUAGGAUGGACAGGCAUGCCCAGCAAGAGGAGAACAGCUCCGCCUGGUACGCGCGAUGGACUCAAUGGCUCGAGAUCGUCUCGCGAUCAAGAGGUUCAGCUUGUCGAACUAGAUGCCACAUUAGCCAAGACCCUUGGUUUGUCAGAAGGACAGAAAAUCAUGGCGACCAUCCACCUCGACCCUCCGCUGGCGCAUACGAUUAACAUCGAACCUCUAACACCAGAAGACUGGGAGAUUAUCGAGCUACACGCGACAUUCCUCGAAUUGAAUCUCCAGUCCCAGAUCCGCGCGCUUCCGAACCCCUCAUACAAACUUGGCGACAACCUGGUUGAAGCCCAUGCCUUGACGCUUCAUCUAUCCCCGACCUCGACCGCAAAUAUCAAGGUUAUCUCGCUAGAUCCGGCACCUCCCGCAGAUCUGCCAUUCGCAAAGAUGUUGCCCGAUGCAGAAGUUAUUGUCGCGCCGAAAACGAGGCAGAAGAGCUCGCACAAUUCAGGCGAUCAUCGCAGUGUAGCAAGCACUUCUAAAUCUAAACGGAGCGCAACCAGCACAGUGCGUCGGCGAAGCGCCAAAGAAGAGCGACGACCUACCGUGUUCUUGCGCGGUCUUGACCGAAAUUCAUGCGAAGAGUGGUUCGAUGAAGGACCUCUGGCUCAAGAUUUCAGUGUUUGGGUUGACCAUGAUAUCCUCUCCGGUGAAGCGUUCAAGGGAGUCAACUAUGUUUCGGUUGAUGUCAUCAGACCUGCUGGUCUGCAGCAACCUCAACCAGAAGAAGGCGGCGCUCCUGCUGGAAUGGCAGCGGCUACAAAGGUGAUUGCUCAUCUCCGGUCAUGGAUCGAUCCUCCCAAUAGUCAGACAGUCGCUCUUUCGUCGCCUCUUUGUGCAACUCUCGGGUGUGCCGGUAUGGUAGGCGGUAUUGUGAAGCUCCAAGCAGCACCACAACAGCUGCCUAAGAGUACAGUUCAAAGUAUCAAGGUUUUCCCCUUCGCUACAAGCGCAAAGACAGUUGAAGGCCUAAGAUUUGGCGGAGAGUCCAAGGCUGAGAAGGAAGAAUCUGCGAAGCGCUUCCGUCAGAUUUAUACAGCUACUAAGGGCAAGGACGGGCUACUUCAAGGUCCUUUGACAGAUGGAUCCGUGAUGAGUUUGUACGAUGGCCUUGACCCUCCUCAAGGGUGGGAGGGUGGUAUCAUCAAGUUUACAUACGGCUCGGACUUUCAAGAAAGCAAAGACACAGCGAACUGGCUGCUUGGGCUGGAUGCCAAAUUAGCUAUCGACUUUCAGCCACCUACUCCUCGACCAUCCUGGUUAUCUGAAUCGGAUGGAUUUGAGCGACAAGCCAGCCACGAUUCACUCCUUGUUGGUAUUGAUUCAUUGCUGAGCAACUUGCAGUCGAACUUGAUACACCUAUCUUCAGUUCUUCUUACUGGAGGUAUGGGAUCAGGAAAGUCUUCUAUUGCUAAGCACUUGGCUCAAAAGCUUCGACAAGAAUCAUUAUUCCAUACGCUCUAUUAUCCUUGUCGAAAGCUGGUCAAUGAUGAAACAAGGAUCUCGACAAUAAAGGAAACACUGAACCGGCUGUUUGCUUCUGCCAGUUGGGGCGCACGAUUAAAUGGCAAGGCCGUUGUAAUCCUAGACGACCUCGAUAAGCUUUGCCCUGUGGAGACAGAGCUCCAGGUUGGGAACGACAAUGGAAGAAGCAGACAAGUGGGUGAGAUUUUGUGCUCAAUCGUGAGACAAUACUGCACUCGUGACAGCGGCGUCGUACUUUUGGCGACAGCUGAGGGUAAGGAAUCUAUCAACGGCGUGGUUGUCAGUGGCCACGUUGUACGUGAGAUUGUCGAGCUUAAGGCACCUGACAAAGAAGCCAGACGUCGAGUUAUGGAAUCCAUCGUGAUGAAAGAUGCCACGACUGCCGACGAAGCUCAGACACAGUUCAGUGACGGAAGUCGACCACAGACUGCCGAUGGCAGCAUGGUAGGAGAGGACAGCGGCGCGUGGAUGGACGGUGCUAGUCAUACGAGCAAGGAGGGUCGUCCGGCAAAGACAAGUGGCUUUAUCCUGGAUCCAGAUCUUGACUUUCUUGAUAUUUCUGGUUCUACAGAUGGCUAUAUGCCUGGCGACAUCAACGUGCUUGUCUCUCGUGCGAGGAAUGAGGCCAUCAUUCGAGCCAUCGCCGAGUCGCCAGACUCAACAGGUGCCAUUCACCUGGCACGCGCUGAUUUCGACAAAGCGCUUAAGGGCUUUACACCAGCGUCGCUGAGAAACGUGACGCUGCAGAGCUCGUCAACGAGCUUCAAGUCCAUUGGAGGCCUGCAGGAGACACGACAGGUGCUUCUCGAGACGCUGCAGUACCCUACAAAAUACGCGCCAAUCUUUGCCCAGUGUCCCCUCCGUCUUCGAUCUGGCCUUCUCCUCUAUGGGUAUCCGGGUUGUGGUAAGACUCUUCUUGCUAGCGCUGUGGCUGGUGAGUGCGGUCUCAACUUUAUCAGCGUCAAGGGUCCUGAGAUUCUCAACAAGUAUAUCGGUGCCUCGGAGAAGAGUGUUCGAGAUUUGUUUGAUAGAGCCCAGGCUGCGAGACCAUGUGUGCUCUUCUUUGACGAGUUUGACUCCAUUGCACCUAAGAGAGGACACGACUCUACAGGAGUUACAGAUCGUGUUGUGAACCAGCUUCUUACGCAGAUGGAUGGUGCUGAAGGAUUGUCAGGGGUUUAUGUGCUGGCAGCCACAUCACGACCCGAUUUGAUUGAUCCUGCUCUUCUUCGUCCAGGUCGACUUGAUAAGUCUCUGCUGUGCGAUAUGCCUGCUCUUGAAGAUCGAGUCGACAUCAUCAAGGCACUGUUCCAGAAGGUCAGGCUCUCGGACGAAUUGACCGAGUCAGAUGGGCCUCUCACGGAUAUCGCCCGUCGAACGGAGGGCUUCUCGGGUGCUGAUCUCCAAGCACUUGUAUCUAACGCUCAGUUGGAGGCUAUCCAUGACGUCUUGGAUGUGGAUGGGCCUGUUGUCAGUUCAAAACGACCCAACGGUACCAGCUCCAAAUCAAACACCACACCAAGUUUCGUGCAAUUCCGGUAUGGCGACAAGGUUAAGCCUAUUGCUGAAAUAACCCCCAAGAGCAAAUCAGCCGCCCUUGUUGAAAACGCAUCGAUCCUGGCCAAGCUCGACGAGAUCAAGAUAGCCCGCAAAAGAUCGAAGCAGAUUCACGGUGCUCCUACAGCCGAUUCAGAGAGCAAGGCGCAGAGCGGGGAGCAGAGGGAAGUAGUCAUUGAGUGGGAUCAUCUUAUCAAGGCGCUGGACAACACGCGGGCGAGUAUUAGUUCUGAGGAGAAGACAAGGUUGCAAAGAAUUUAUCAUGAAUUUGUCGUUGGUCGAAGUGGACAGAUGAAGGAUGGACAAGGCAGUAUGGAGAUUGGAGGCCGAAGCAGCUUGAUGUAA